AAAAACAUUAAUCCUAUAUGUACCAACUGUUAAUAGUCACCAGUUAACAUAAAAAAUGUGGAUCUUUACUUGUUAACUGCAGAUUAAACAGAGUUGUCAGCCUCUGCCAAUUGUAAUUAUGGAUGUCCUAAUCUGUUUUUUUUUUUCAUUGUCUGAUAUGGAACAGAAUGGGGACUGAAUUCCAACAGCAGAUUAAACUGGACAUUAUUACCAGUGCAGAUGCUUGUCAUCAAAGUCCACACUUACAUUGAAGAUGUAUUUUCUCUGUUCUAUAUCCAAUUGACAAUAAACGGCAUUGAAGUUAUACCUUAAAGCAUGUGCAUUAUAGUUUAUACAAGGGUAGCAGAAAUGCAUUAGCUUUAUAUCUAUUUAGUAGUUCUAAAAUAAGCUCCUCUUCAUGAGAAUGUUCUUACAAAUGACUGCCCCUGAUCCUAACCCUAAUUAUUUUUAAAGUGUCACCACCUGUUCUAUUCAGGCAUAGCCAGCCGUAGAUGCCCAUUGUCAUAUGUUGUGGGUGGGAGAGGAGGAGUUGUGGGAGCAUGCUUUUUAUUCAUCUUUGUUUUACCAUGGCCUUGUCUUGUUUUAGGCAGCUAAGCAUCAGCCUGUAUGCAUGAAUCGGGGUCUUGCAUCCACACACCUCAGUAACCUCUUGGCUUUAGGACUAUGGGGAAUUCCAUCAGCAGACCCGGUUGCCUAGGACGGAAGUCCAAGCAGGUGAAGUCAGAGGAGGACUUCCUGAAAGAGUGUUACCAGCACAGAGGUCCUCCCCUCAUUGAGAACUGGGGAGGGGAGAACCUUAAAGACAAGGACGACGCGGAAACUCACAACAAUACAGAGGACAGGCUCAUUGACAAUGCCUGGAGCCCAAUCCAGACUUCUCCUGUUAACAUCCCCCAAAAUGGAACUCUCAUUGAGAAAGACAUCACAGAUUCUUGCAACCAACCCAAAGACAAGACUGGGGGACAGGGGCAGCAGACAGCAGGAGUGCUGAAACACAGCUCAGGGAGCCCUUGGUCCUGGAAGCCACUGGCUACCAGGGAAGUGACCGAGAUCACUGAGGUCACUGAGACCACUGUCACGGAGAUCGUGGAAGUGACAGAGUAUCCAUCAGGAGAGAAGGGGGGAGACCCCAUUAUCACAAGGACUGUGAGGGUCCUUACUGGGGUUGCUGAGGAGCUCUCUGAGCUUCAGAAUGAUGAGCAGUCAAUAUCAGAUCAAGACAACAGUGUGGAUAAGUGGAGUGUGCUUAACAAAAAGGUUGCACGAUGUGCCUUAACUUUCCAAGAGGACUCAAGAAACUCACAAGCAUUUCUACAAAACCUGGAGGCAUUACUGGUUUGGGUCUGUGACAUUGAAGAGCUGACAAUCACUCAGAAACCCCCGUCUUCCGAAGUGAAAGUGGUCACAGCCCAGCUACAAGAGCAGAAGCUUCUGCAGCGCCUGUUGGAAGACAGAAGACCCAGUCUGGAGAUAAUGAUUCUCGAUGGGCCACAGCUCCUAGAGCAGAGCCAAGGCACAGAAAAUAAGGUCUGCAGCAGCAUAUCCCACCUGCAGCAGAGGUGGCAGACAUUGCUUCAGAACGCAGACACCAGGCACCGCAGUUUGGAGCUGAUCCUCCCCAAAGCACAGGCCUUCCAGGAGACCACGGACACUUUCCAGCAGUGGUUGUUUUCCAUGGAGCAAAACCUGACUGAGCUUCGAACCGCAGAGAAGCAUGUGAGCCACAUCCAGGAGGCUGCUGACCACGCCCAGGCUGCUGUGGAAGAAAUUAAAUCCAAAAGUGUGAGUCUGGAGGAAGUCAUGUUAAAGGGUCAGAGACUAAUGGAGUGUAUAUCAGAUGAAGAGGCCCUGCUGGUUCAGGAGAAGACUGACAGCCUCAGGAUCAGGUACUCGGUGGUCAGUCUGAACAGCUUUGACGUCCUGCAAAAACUCGAGCAAGCCCUGGAGGCCUCGUCCAGGUGCUCCUCCAGCCAGGAAGACCUCAACCUGUGGCUGGGCAGGGUGGAGAGGGAGCUGCUGAGCGGGGCCAGUCAGUCUGGCUCAGGGGAGAGCUUCUUUACUGCAACUGAGAGGCAGAAGCUGGAGCAGGCUGUGGAGAAGGAACUGGGUUGGGUCGCAGGUACAGAAGAGAAAGUUGAGGAACUCUGCAACAUCCAUCUGGACCAAGAGGUCAUUUCAUCUCAGAUGUAUGAGCAGAAGAAUUUGGCAAUUGAGAUUCUGCAGCAUAGAUAUAAUCUGGAGAAAAUGCUGAAAAUAGCUGAAAUACUGUUCAGUUACAACGAGGAAACAGAAAAACAUCCACUAGAGUCCCACCUGGAGUCUUUGCGGGACCGCUGCCACAGCGUAUCCCUGAAGAACUCCAAUACCGCCUUGCAGCUGGAGCAUGCUAAGUCCCUGCUCUCACAGUUCUCAGAGGCUUACAGCGAGGUAUCGCCAUGGUUACAGGAAACCCAAGCCCUCAUUAGCCAGCUCUCCUUGCAUUCAAUUAGUUAUGAGGAUUUCAAACAACAGCAGGAGCUGUUACAGGGGCUGAGAGAGCUGAUUGCAGAGCACAAGCCCCUGAUAGCGAGGCUAAAGUCAGUGAGCGUCCGGCUGGUGGAGCUGAGCCAUGCUCAGGGAGAGACCUUUGCAGAAAAAAGCAAGGCCGCAGAAGAGCUUUACGGAACAAUAAAGGAAAGGGUGCGGCAGGCUGCCUGUGUGCUGGAGGAGGCACUGCCACGCUAUACUCAGCUGACCGAGAGGAUGUCCCUGAUGUCAGAGAGUUUGGACAGGCUCCACAGCCGGCUGCAGGCCCCUGUGACCCUGCGAGGGGAGUCGUCCAGGAUCCAGGAGCAGCUAGAGGACAAUCGGCACACCCUGUCUGAGCUAGACAAGCUGGAGCUGGGGCUGAACACGGUCCGAACACAGGCUGACGAGCUCAUCACCAACGCGCAGACAACUGGGGACAGCGCUAUUGGCACAGCCAUCCAGGAGAGAGUGUCUAAUUUAGGUCAGCAGUGGGAGGAGACUCGGGCCCAGGCCAAGGACAGGGAGAAGUGGCUGCUGAACCUCCUCAAUCUGGCCAGCAAGUUCUGGAGUGACCUCGCUGACAUUACAGUCACCUUGAACGACACCCAGCAGGCGGUCCUGGAACUAAACGGAACCAGAUCCAGCCCAGAUUCUAUCAGACAAAGCCUGGACACCAUGCAGACUCUCAGGGGAGACGUCGACAGCCUACAGGGGGACCUGGACAUGCUAGGAAUUCUGGGAGUGGAUUUGAUGUCAGCUUGUGGAGACACUGACAAACCUGAUGUAACCAAGAGCUUAGAUGAGCUGUAUUGCAUGUGGAACCACCUGAGUACAUUGUGGACGGAGCGAUACAACAAACUGGAGGAUUGCCUCCAGACAGCUGUGCUGUACCAGGAAGCAAUAGAGCGGCAGUUUGAGUGGCUUGCUUCAGCAGAGACAAGAGCUGCCCAAGAGUUCUUCGUUGGAGUCGACCUACAGACAGUUAAACAGCAGCUGUGCGAUCUGAAGGAGUUUAAGCGCGAGCUGUACCAGCAGAAGAUUGAGAUGGAAUGCUUAAACCACCGUCUGUCCUCCAGACUCCCCCAGAGCUCGGAGCAGCAGACAGGCAGCACGGAACUCACUGACUUCAGACAGCGCUGGGACUGCCUGGAGAGGGAGACAGUGAGCAGACAGCACCAGCUGGAGUCUGCUCUGUUGGGGUUGGGGCAGUUCCAGCACACCCUGGACGAGUUACACACCUGGCUGUCACACACCACAGACCUGCUGCAGGGGAGCCAGCCAAUCAGCAUCGACCUGCAGACCUGUGAGAUUGAGCUGGCUAAACACAAGGUGCUGCGGAAUGACGUGAUGUCACACGUGCGCACUAUGGAGUCUCUGAACCAGGCUGGCCGGGAGCUUUUGGAGGCUGGGGCAGGGGACAACCCUCAUGGGCUGCAGGCCAGACUGGAGGAUCUCAAUGAGCACUGGGAGAUUGUCCACUGUGAGACAGAGAGGAGGCAGCUUGAGCUGGAGAACAACCUCAGUCAGGUACAGGAUGUAACAAUGGAGAUCCAGGACCUGCUACAGUGGCUGGAACACACUGAACUGAGACUCUCAUCCUCCAAGCCGGUCUGGGGACUGCCAGAGACUGCUAAAGAGAAGCUCACUGUACAUCUGGAGUUGUGCAAGGAAAUGGAGUCCAAACUACAUGCUUACAACAACGUAAGGGAUUCGAUCCACAGGUUGCUGGCCAGCAGCAAUGUGGCCAGGGGUUCAAGCACUGAGCACAGCCUCUGUAUCCUUGAGCAGAAGUGGGAAGCUGUGCAUAGUAAGGUGAUGGAGAGAAAGGCAAAGCUGUCUGAAGGGCUGACGGUGGCAAAGGAGUUUCACAGCACCAUCCAGGACCUGCUCAAGGGGAUGUCUCAAACUGAAGAGGACCUCAGUGCCUUACCUCCACCAAGCCUCCUGCUGGAGACCGUCAACACGCAAAUCCAGGAGCACAGGAUCUUGGUAACUGAAGUGAACCUCUACAGUGAGAAGAUGUCAGCAGUGGAGGCAGUAGCAUCACGGCUUAAAGAGUUCAGCAGGAAACAGGAUUGCAAUGUGGUGCAGAACCUUAUUGUGGCGGUGCAGGACCGCUGGGGAAAGGUCCUUCAACGCACUGCUGAGAGGGGAAAAUCACUGGAAGAAGCCAAGAAACAAGCUAAACAGUUCAGUGAAUCAUGGCAUCUUCUUGUGGACUGGAUGGGGGAGGUGGAGCAGACUUUGGACACACACAAUGAGAUUGCUGUGUCUCAUGAAGAAAUCAAGCAACAGCUGACAGAGCAGAAGGAGUUCCAGAAGUUGCUGAGAUCCAAGCGACCUGUCUAUGAAGCCACCCUGAAGAGCGGACGGUCUCUGCGUGAGAGAUCCCAGAGUCCAGGAGACAGGCAGCAGCUGGAGGACCUCAUGGCAGAGCUGAGAGACAUGUGGGACACCAUCAGUGGGAAAUCCACGGAGAGGCAGCACAAGCUGGAAGAAGCGCUGCUGUUUUCAGGCAGAUUCACAGACGCCCUGCAGGCCCUGAUGGAUUGGCUUUAUAGGGCCGAACCACAGUUGUCCGAAGAAAUGCCUGUUGGAGGAGAAAAAGACCUUGUCAACAAUCUUAUGGAUAAACAUAAGGCUUUCCAGAAGGAGCUGGGAAAGCGAGCUGGCUGCAUAAAGACCCUGAAGCGAUCAGUGAGGGACCUGACCAAAAGCAACAGCACAGACUCUCAGUGGCUGCAGGUGCAGAUUGAAGAGCUGGAAAGUCGAUGGGAGACAGUAUGCAGGUUGUCUGUAUGCAAGCAGGCAAGGCUGGAGGCAGCAAUGCGGCAGGCAGAAGAGUUCCACUCUCUGGUCCAUGUGUUUCUUGAGAAACUGUCUGAAGUUGAGAGGGCCCUUCAGUACGGGGGGUUUCCCGAGGAGGAGAAAGCUGUGUUGGAAUUUCAUAAGCAGCACCAGGAAUCAAUGUAUUUACUUGAGUGCCAGCUGAUGGAGCUGGACUGCAUCAGAUCCCUGGGAGAAGAAAUCCUCUCUUCUUGCCACCCGGACUCUGUCAUCACAAUGAAGUCGUGGAUCAAUGUCACCAAGACCCGCUUUGAGGAGGUUCAGGCCUGGGCGCGUCAGCAGGGACAGCGGAUCCAGGGCAGCCUGUCCAAUCUGGAGGCAGAGAGGGAGGAGGUGCAGAGGCUGCUGGACUGGAUCUCAGCAGCCGAGGAGUCCUUGACCCUGCGGGACCAGGAGCCAGCGCCCGAGGAAACGGCUCAGGCUCAGGAGCUCAUCCAACAGCAUGCGGAGUUUAUGGUGGAGCUAAACCGGAAGCUGCCAGAGGUGGAGAAGAUCACCAAGUCCUGCAAACUGAAACUUGCACCAAAACCUCAGCUACCUCAGAGCCGGAAAACUCCAUCCAAGCGGAGAGGGACUGUGAAGUCCCAGCCAGUCACUCCAGUCCCCUUGGAGAACCUGGAGCCCCAGACCCCACAGCUCGGGCAGCUGGUCAGCCAGUGGCAGCAGCUUUGGAUCCUGGCCCUGGACAGGCAAUGCCGCCUGCAGGACCAGCUUCAGCGGAUCAAAGAACUGGAAGAGUUUGCAAACUUUGACUUCAGCGUGUGGCGCAAGAGGUACAUGCAGUGGAUCAGUCACCUCAAGUCUCGCAUCCUAGACGUGUUCAGAAGCAUCGACAGGGACCAGGAUGGAAGGAUCAGCCAGAAGGAGUUCAUGGACAAUGUCCUGUCAUCCAAAUUCCCCACCAACUCCUUGGAGAUGACUGCAGUGGCCAAUAUCUUUGAUAUGAAUGGAGAUGGCUUUAUAGACUACUAUGAGUUUGUGAGUGCUCUGCACCCGAGCCGUGACCCAUAUCGCCGGAGUGCUGAUGCAGACCAGAUCAAUGAGGAGGUGAGCCGGCAUGUGUCUCAGUGUAGCUGUGUAAAGAGAUUCCAGGUGGAGCAGAUCAGUGCCAACAGAUACCGGGCCUCCCAUCGCUCCCUGUCCAUCAGCCACAGGACCCGGGUGGCUAUGGGCAUAGACCCGCAGUCCCAGCUGCAGAUGAAGACAGGCGGUCGUAAGGUGCAGAAAGAACUGAACUCCACUGCCUCCCCCAUGAUUUCCGGCAGCGAAACUGUUGCAGUGGGAGCAGCUCCCCUUGGUGGGGUUCUGGCCACAGUAAUUCCUGCUGCGAUGUGGAGCAACAGGCAGCCCCCGCAUGUGAUGUGGAGCGGCUGGCAACCCCAGGCGAAGCAGUCCCAGCGACCGCAGGUGAUGCUGAGCAGUGGGCAACCGCAGGCGAUGCAGAGCAGCUGA